GCUGAAACCAUUCCUGCCAAGCCAUAGAAAUAUAUUGUUACUGUCUCUGUGGACAUGAUGUAGAGUAACGUUCCAUUAUAGUAGUUGCAAGCAAACAGUGCAUAUGUGUAACUAUAAAAGUUUCUAUUUUGUGAAAAUAGCAGUCGUUUGGUGUAAGCUUGUUCAGAAGUUCAACAUUCGUCAGGCUAGACCGGAGUAAACACUUUGUCUCAAAAUACCAGCACACUGCAAGACUUGAUACGUGACGCCCAUCGGUGGAAGUCGUUGUUUUACAGCGAGGUGGUGAAGCAGUGCUAAAUAAACUGCAAAGCUUACGCUGAUACAACAUAAACAUCAACGUAUAAUGUCAAAUCAUAUAAUAUUUUAACUGAACAGUGUAGAAAAAUCGAUUUGAGCUAGUGAAAUGUUUCGAAAUAAGUUGCGCUCAUCGACACAUGAACAUCAACAGGCCUUGAAUCGGUGUGAUUCAAUGGGCUCCUUGAGUCAUCGUGCUCUACUGCAAUAUUUGGACUCAGACGAUCUUGCCGGACUAAAAUCGUUUCUUGGCACCCGUCAACUGCAGGUCGAUGAUCGCGAUGAAAAUGGAACUACCGUGUUGAUGAUAGCAAGUGGCCGUGGUGCUACAAGUUUUGUGAAGGAGCUUUUGGCGCGUGGAGCGGACGUACAGGCACAAGAUUUAGACAAUUGGUCCGCAUUGCUGUUUGCCAGCAAAGCAGGUCACGUGGACAUCGUAGAAAUUCUGCUCGAUAAUGGAGCUGAAGUUGAACAUCGGGACAUGGGUGGCUGGACCGCUCUUAUGUGGGGUUCAUACAAAGGACACACCGCCGUUGUGUCCUUGCUGCUGCAAAGAGGGGCCGAUGUACAGGUUCAUGGUAACUAUCACUUAAAUCCACUGCUGUGGGCCUCCGGGCGUGGUCAUACAGAGAUCGUAAAGCUUCUGGUCAAUACCGGAGGAGCGAAACCGAAUGUAGGAGACAAAUAUGGCACCACUCCAUUGGUGUGGGCUUGCCGUAAAGGAAACGCAGAAAUCGUUGACAUUCUGUUAAAGGCAGGAGCCAAUGUCGAUACAGCUGGUAUGUAUUCAUGGACCCCGCUGCUGGUCGCCGUAAGCGGUGGACACCAAGAAUGUGUCUCGCUAUUAUUAGAACGCAAGCCAAAUGUUAAUGCGUUGGAUAAGGAUGGUAUGACUGCGCUUUCCGUUGCAUGUCGCGAAGGACUGACAGAAAUUGCUUCGUCUUUGAUUUCUGCUGGUGCGUAUGUUAAUGUGCAAGAUCGUGCGGGAGAUACGCCUUUGAUCAAUGCCGUAAAGGGAGGUUAUCGCAGCGUGGUAGAAAUACUACUUAAACGUCAUGUAGACGUCGACAUACAGGGAAAAGAUAGAAAGACUGCUUUAUACACAGCAAUCGAAAAAGGUCAUUCAUCGCUUGUGAAGUUGAUUUUACAGUCCAACCCUGACUUAGAGCUGUCUACCAAAGAUGGCGACACUCCGCUCUUGCGAGCGGUACGUAAUCGGAACCUGGAAAUGGUACAAAUGCUGCUUGAACGUAAAGCAAAAGUAGGUGCAUCUGACAAACGAGGCGAUACUUGUCUGCACGUUGCAAUGAGGGCUCGUUCAAAGGCAAUUGUGGAGGCUCUUCUAAGCAAUCCAAAAUACAGUCAAUUGCUGUACCGUUCAAAUAAAGCAGGAGAAACGCCUUAUGGUAUAGAUGCUAUGCAUCAGAAAACAAUUCUUGGACAAGUAUUUGGCGCUAGGCGUCUGAAUGCGAAUGAAGAUUCGGAGGGAAUGCUCGGAUAUGGGUUGUACUCAUCAGCAUUAGCGGAUGUACUUAGUGAACCGACUCUGACAAUGCCGAUCACUGUUGGACUGUACGCGAAAUGGGGUAGCGGAAAAAGUUUUCUAUUGGCUAAGCUACGGGAAGAAAUGAAAAGUUUUGCGCAACAAUGGUCAGAACCACCUAUAAAAGCGCCUUUUUUGUUCUUCCUGAUUUGCCUGCAUUUCGCGGUUGUUAUCGGAACCCUAGUCGGUCUUGUAACGUGGUGUUACAUUUGGGGGCUCGUCACUGGGUUCUCGCUGUUGAUUUUAGUGUACUUUAUUAGUUAUUUGUUUAAAGUUUUGGAUAGACGCUACGAUCUGGAAUGGCUUUACACUCUUAAUUAUGGACUGUCGAAAAAACUCGGAAGACUUCGGCUAAUUCUGCAGGUGGCAUUCUGUCACCCACCUGGACCGCAAAGUGAUUCACAACCAAUGCCGGUUCGUUUUCACUUUGCCGAAGCCAGUGGAGCUGCGCCGAAUGGAGAUGCAGCGGUGGCACUUAUGCUGGCUUCUAUAUUCGACGCUAUUGAGGCUCACUACGGCUCCCUGGCGACGGGAAUUUAUCGUGCUUUCCGACCAAAACCAUUGAAAGCUACUGGAGGCUGGAGGUGGCGUCGAAUGUGCUGUGUUCCUGUUGUGAUACUGUUUGAGUUGGGCAUACUAGGUUUAAUUACGACAGCAUCGCUCACGGUUAUUUAUUCCGAAUAUAGUCUAGAAAGAAGAGACGAGAUAGCCGUUGCCAUAUUUAUCCUAGUCGGUUUCCUACUAGCUGGCACGAUUGCAAAUCUACACGCGUGGUCAAAACUAGUAGGGGCACUGUUCAUGUCGCAGGGAAAACAUCUUAGACGCUCGUUUAACAGUAACGAAGCUGCCCCUCUAACAGCUCUUGGUGCAGAAGUUAGCCUAAUGACUGAUAUGAUUCGUUGCCUGGAUGCUUUCACCAAUCAGCAGAGUCGUUUGGUUGGGGUUGUAGAUGCGCUGGAUUCAUGCGAUACAGAACGAACGCUGACCAUAUUGAACGCUAUACAAACACUACUCUCCGGUCCGCAGCGUCCCUUCGUUCUGCUACUGGCAGUUGAUCCGCAUGUAGUGGCUAAAGCGGCCGAAGCUAACAGCAAGCGCUUGUUCACGGAAGGAGGCAUUGGAGGCCAUGAUUUUCUAAGAAAUUUAGUACAUUUGCCAGUUUAUCUGCAAAACUCGGGAUUAAGAAAAGUGCAACGAGCUCAAAGCACCGCAAUGGCCACCUAUCGACGUAUGGUGCCUGACACGAACAGAGAUGAUGAUGCACAUUUGGGACACUCAGCAUCGGCACGGAGGCUGUCAAAUGCUUCGGAAAUUAUGUCCAGCCAGGAGAAGCUUAGAGCAAUGCCAGGAACGUCCAGAGCUGGAAGCAAAAAGCUGCGUGUUUCGGAUUCAAUCGCUAGCUCGAUUGGUUCCAAUUUACAUAAACUAGGUCAAAACCAUCCCGUAGAUCUGUCCAAGAUAGUUCUAACUGACGACUACUUCAGCGACGUGAAUCCUCGUAGCAUGAGGAGAUUGAUGAAUGUUAUUUACAUAACAGUUCGGCUGCUGAAAGCUUUCCAAAUAGAUUUUAGUUGGUAUCGUUUGAGCUCGUGGAUCAAUUUAACAGAACAAUGGCCAUUGCGUGCAAGCAUGAUCGUUUUAGAGCAUGAUCAAGCCGGCGACAAUUUUGACGAUUCAAUGUCACUGCAAUCAGUUUACGAUAAAGUGCGCCCGAAAAUUUCAUGUCUUCGAGAAGCUGCCAAUUUACUUGACCUGGACCGAGACGAACGUAAGCUGGAUGCCUUCCUACAGCUUCAUAAAUCUGAUUUACUGGUCUCAGAUCUGCGUAUAUUCUUGCCUUUCACCAUUAACCUUGAUCCAUAUCUUAGGAAAGUACUGAAAGAAGACCAGCAAGCACUGGAAGAUGAAGGCAUCAUUAUUCCGGUUAAAAGCUCAAGCACACCUAUGAAACCGCACCAUGGGUAUGGUUCUGUCCGACAUAUGCAUCAGAAUAUCAUGCAUCCCGCAGCACAGCACCCGAAUAGUCUUCCAAAUUGGGCAGGGUUCUACAAUACACCGCCAGCUAUGGCCAUGAUGAAUUAUUAUAAUCACAACCUAGCUAGCCUUCUGCAGCCUCCGGAAAGUGGUAAUCUUAAGAAACCCAAUUCCACUAGUAUACUAAUCGACCAGGUAAACGAUAAUCAUUCCACUAGUGCACUGACGCAAUCCGCAAGCUCUAAAAAUACUGCAAAAUCUCUUAACGUACCUGGAUCGCCACCCAUCGAGUUCGAUAUUACUAACAUUCAGCUUGCCAAACUAACCGUAGAGGAUUUGAUUGAUCUCAUCGGUAAGGUUAACGAACUUAAGCCUGCUUUGGAGAAAAUGGCUCCCAUAUUGCACGAUAAUGCAGUUUCUGGACGUGUACUAUCAUUAUGUAGUUUAGACGAACUUAAAUCCGUACUUAAUUUGAGCUUUGGUCACUGGGAGAUCUUCAAAAUGCUGAUUACCUCGCUAAGAGAGAACAGUGCAACAAAAGUGAAAGCAGUAAAAACGACCACUUUCGCCAACGGAAUCGGUGACAGUGCGGAAAUCACUGACGGCAUAUCGACUCCUACCCAACCGUCGGCAUCUCAAACGGUCUUUCAACCAAUCAGACAGAAAUCUCACAAUGUUAUGGAAAAACAGGUGACACUAGAGGAGCAGAUGAUCUGCGGGGCACUGCAAACCCUCAACGAGGACGCAUUCGAGGAUGUCGUGGGUAGCGAGCGGCCGAGUCCUAGUGGUGAGAUGUUUUCCCAAUAUCUAGCGCCAAUCCGAGAGAGUUCGGAAAUUGGUUCACCGCCGAGGCUUAGCUAUAAUUUCACUAACCCCAAUCUACUUGAUCACGCAUCUACUACUAGCGGCGACGAAACAUUUCAGCAUCGUUCUCACCUGAGAUCUCAUAGCUUGCACGACGAUUCUCUUACCAGUGUCGUAAUUAUGCCACACUAUGCCUCAAACGUUGAUGAUACCAAACUAUAGACUUAUUGUUUAUUUUUCUUCUGUACGACUGUAUUCAUUUUAAACUAUGAUUGCCGCGCUAGAAAAAUUCAGUAUAUUUGUUGAACGAUGUGUUAAGUAGUUGAAAUAUUUUCUUGUAGUUCUAUAUCUUCCGUAUAGAUGAUAUUGAUGACACGCGAUGUCGUCCCAAUUCGUACGCAUAAGAUAUUCUUAUCAAUUCGUACUUAGUAGACAACAGAACCCAAGUGUACAAUAAAUCUCCUGAUCGUACCGUAGCAUUAUAAAUAAUAAGCGCAAGGCAGAAUUAUUCGAGUAUUUCGUUUUUAUUAUAACCCAACUAAAGUGCUAAGUAACCAUUCCUCCAGUCAGAUGCCAUUACGUAUUAGUAAAGAACGAAGAAUUUAUCUAUUUCAAUUCUAAACCAAACGCAUAGAGUGAUAACGUGGUGUACAUCUAAUCAAACAGAAUUAUACAUAAAUACGAUACAACCUGAA